AUGAAUCGUGAACAGGAAAAGAACUACCUACGAACUCGCAAUGAUAUCCUGAUGUCGCAGCAACGUGAUUCUAGCCUGUCACGUUUCAUCUCGGGGCUUCCAUUUCCUCACGACACCCAUCUCGAUACCGCAGUUAUACGAAAUUUACCCGGCUCGGAGUCUGUGAAACAAGGAGGAUGGAGUGAGGGUUUUGACCCCGUCACUGGUGAUCUUCGACUAGUAAAGAAAUGGACAAUCAAUUCCGUCACGCAACACCUCGCCGUGAUAGAUCGUUUGGAGGUCCUGGAGAAUUUUAGUGGACUUCCAGGACUGUGCACUAUGGAAGAAGCAAAAACGUUGACGGGCGACACCCUCCGCCAAGCUGAGGUUCCAUUCGAGUUCUGCAUGGUCCAGAAGCUAGCUGAGCGCCUAUGGCUUCAUAGAGAAGCACCCGGUGAAGCUAAAGCAACGAAUUCUCGCUUACGGCGGGCUAUUUUGCAGAGCCUACUGUCCGGUCUUGCAACUAUGCAUGGCAAAGGAUGGUGUCACGGAGCCGUCAUGUCUCAGUUCAUCCAAUUAUUCCCUGAAUCAGAGUGGGCGGCUUUUUUUGACCUAGACAACAUACUAAAGAACAAAACCCUGGUCACUAGAAACAUCCGAUAUAUUCAAGCGUAUCCUCAUGAGAUACCCUUAGACAAAGCAACUCCAUUCGAUACCUCCGCCGACAUCUACAUGUUAGCACUUGUGCUGACCCGGAAAUGGUUUGAGGACGAUUUCAAAGGCUUGGAUCAUCGCAAGGAGAAUGAGCACGCAAUCUUGAUGACGCAUUUGGAGUUACACACCGUUCCUCUCUCUCGCCUUCUCCGGCAGAUGCUUCAAUGGAAGCCAGAAGACCGCCCGUCCGCUGACAAAGCUUUGGAAGACAAGCAGCUGUACCUAGCUGAACCUCAGCUGAUCAAGAACAAGCGCAAGAGGGACGAGGCUACAGAUGCAAACACUACCGACUCCCCUGUCAAGACCCAGAAGACGAAUUCUGGUAGCGGCAUGAAAAUCGCGAACUUCCGCUGA